CAGCAUGGAGCGCUUGUGGGCCGAGGACUGCGCGCUGCUGGUCCGCCGCUGGCGGGUCGCCAGCUCGUCGGGGCCGGGCCGCGCGGCGAAGCAGGCGGCGCUGCAGCACCGACGCGCCUUUGAGAAACUGCUGCAGAAGAUCCAAGGGCUGCCAGCUGUCCUCCCCACCCUGCCUCUGGAGCUGACUGUGCUCUACAACGCCCUGCUGUUUGAUCUUGGCAGCUCCGACUGCAUCGUCGAGGGAGAAGCCGAAGGCAUACGCCAGGGGCUCUUGAGGGUGCUGGAAGCUGGUGGGGUGUCUGGGCACGAUCUCAGCACCGAGGAGCUCUGGCAGAAGGUGCUGCAAGAGGUGCCUGCCGAGGAGCUGCGAGCUCCACUGCAUCGACUGGGCGUUCUGCAGGGGGUGCUGUGGCUGGCAGCGAACCGCCUGGGCAGCAUCGCCGGGCUUCUGCGGCUCUUGAGUAGUGCCAAGGAGCCAGUGCUGUCACCCUGCCCUGGAGGUGAGAACGAGCUCCUGGCACUACUCAGGGCCUGGCAGGUGCCUGCUGAUGGGGACACUUCGCUGCUCGUGGUACAGAGUGCCCGGGACGUGAGAGAGGUACUGUGGACCGCAGCUGCCUUCCUGCAAGGUUUGCAGGAGCUGGAGGCCGGGAAUCUCCCAGCUGCCCUCUCCCUGCUCCAAGUGGCUGCAACCGGGUUCUGCUCCAAGAGAGUCCUGGCCCAGAUCUACAUCUGCCUGGGCUGCUGCACUCAGCAAAUGGGUAAGCCACAGACGGCCCUGCAGCACCUGAAGCAAGCCCUGCAGCUUGAUUUCCAGUGCCUCGCGGCCCUGUCCCAGGCGGCAAUGGUGUACCGCCAGCUGGGGGAGACGGACGCGGAGCUGGAGGCCCUGGCUCUGCUCCAUGAGGCUCUAGACAGCCCCGCUCCGGAGGCUGGCUCCGCUGCACCUGGCUCACUGGUCCGAACGGAGCUGCUGGUCCACCCCCCGGCCUUGGCGUCGCUGCUCCGCCAGCCCUCCCCCUCCGAGGUGAAGUACCUGCUGGCCCAGAGGUGCCUCCAGGCUGGAAGGACGGCAGAAGCGGGGGAGCACUACCUGGACUUGCUGGCUGUGCUGCAGGAGGGGCCCCGGCACCAGGUGCCGCUGCAUGGCCAGUCGGCUCUGCCCAGGAUCCCCGAGGUGUUCUUGGAAGCCGCGUCUGCCCUGGAGCAGCUCGGGAGGCACCGGGACGCCAUUGCUGUGUGCGAGGAGGUUGUCAACCGAACGGGUGACCUGACUCCUGAGACGCUGCGCAUUGACCUGAGCUCCUGGGACGGGGCGGAGGCAGGUUCCCCAUCACCCAGGCCAAGGUCGGGGCUGCCCCGUGACAUCCUGCCCCAGAAGAAAGAGAGCCUGCGCUGCAUCCUGUGGAGGGCAGCCGCGUACCUGCACCAGGGCUGGGCGUGGGCUGGCCUGGCGGACAGCAAGGAGGCCAUAACGCAGUUCACCAGGUGCCUCAAUGACCUUCUCAGAGUCCAGCUUGUGAGUGCAGACGGCCUCCACGUCGGCGAGGUGGCAGCAGGAGCCCUGCCGGAGGCAGCGGUGCUCCAGAGGAUCCGGCUCCUGGCUCUCGUCGGGCGAGGCGCCCAGUUCCUGGAGCUCGGACGGGACAGAGAUGCCUUGAUGAACUUCCAGUACGCCUUGCAGGUGUCCCCAGGGGACCUGGCAGCUGCCUCCCACCUGCUGCAGACCCUGUGGAAGCUGGACCGGAGGCAAGAAGCAGCCGCGCUCUGGCAGAAGCUCCAGGCAGACUCUGGGCAAACAGAGGGGCAGCAGGAGGACCAGGGCAGGUCCUUCCCGCUGUACCUGACUUUGUGCCCACAGCCGGCAAACCUCCUGCUGGAUGGGUCCCUCGCCAGGGGCCUGCAGGACUAUCUCGGGAGCAGCGGCCAGGAGCCGUAGAGUCACAGCCUGCCUGCCAGGGUCACAUGCCAGCCAGCCGGCAGCCUCCAUGCCUGCACUGUUAUCUCCUCUGGGACUCUGCGCUGCUCACGGGCUGGAAGCAUUUUCCAAGCCCAGGGUCUGCAACGCUGCAUCUGCUUUUCAAAUAAAAAGGCCCUGGGCGAGGCAUCACAGCCCUGCUUUUUCCCUGGCCCCUUUGUCUUGCCCCCCUUUGACCUGCCCCAUUGAAAGC